CAAUAGUCCAGAGUUCUUCUUCGCAGGUGUCAGCGUCGGGAAGUCGCAGAAUCUCCCGACUAGAGAGAGAGAGAUCUUUUCUUUGUGUGGGGAUUGGGAUUGCGAUGCGAUCUGAUUCCCGACAAAGUAGUGCCCGAUAAAGUUGGGCGGCAGAAAAUGAUCAGUUCGACGCCAACAACACCAGAUCAAAGAUGGAUCCUCGGAUGUUGGCAGCUUUAGUCACUUCCGUGAUCUCACAGGUCCUACUCUGCCUUCUCCUCUUUCCUUCUUCCCCCACUGACCAUAUCUUUACUUCAACUUCUUCCACUUCCACUCUCUUCCCUCUCAUUCUCCAUAUACUCUCUUCCUCUGAACUCCUCACUUCCAUCUCUCUCCUCUCUCCUACCAGAAAACGCAAAAGAAUUGGUUCAUUUGUAGAUUCAGAACAAGAGGAAGAAGAGAUCAACGAUGAGGGUUUCACCGGUGAUGAUUCGUCGCAGGUUCCACUGCCGCCGCAUCUUGAUUCCUUCAAACUGUGCUUCCGGAUGACAUCUUCCACCUUCAAAUGGCUCUCUGGUCUGUUAGAGCCUUUAUUGGAGUGUCGCGAUCCUGUAGGUUCUCCUCUCAAUCUCUCUCCCGAAAUUCGCCUAGGUGUUGGUCUUUUCCGAUUGGCAACUGGUUCAGGCUACGCCGAUAUCUCUAGUAGAUUCGGAGUCUCCGAAGCCACAUCCAGGUUCUGUACCAAACAGCUGUGCCGUGUCCUCUGCACCAAUUUUAGGUUUUGGGUUGCGUUUCCCAGCCCUUCCGAGUUGCAAUCCGUGUCCGCGGCCUUCGAAGCCAUCGGUGGAAUCCCGAAUUGCUGCGGUGUUAUUGACUGUACUCGAUUCAGGGUUGCAAGAGAGGGGAAUUAUCAGGAAGACAGUGUUGCGGCGCAGAUUGUGGUUGAUUCUGCGUCCAGGAUUUUGAGCGUUGUGGUGGGAUUUCAUGGUGACAAAGGGGAUUCCAGGGUUCUCAAGUCUUCAACGUUUUACAGAGAUGUGGAAGAAGGGAAGCUAUUGAACUCUUCUCCCGUUUUUCUCAAAGGGGUUGCUGUUCCUCAAUACUUGAUUGGGGAUGGAGGCUAUCCUCUGCUACCUUGGUUGAUGGUUCCAAUUGUUGAUCCCGUCCGUACCUCAUCUGAAGAGGAUUUCAAUGUGGUCCAUCACUUGAUGCGUCUUCCGGCUCUCAGAACCAUUGCGAGUUUGAGGAAUUGGGGUGUACUGAGCCGCCCAAUAGACGAGGAAUUCAGGACAGCCGUAGCAUAUAUUGGUGCUUGCUCUAUCCUUCACAAUGUUUUGCUUAUGAGGGAAGAUUAUUCUGCCCUCUGCGAUGCAACGGACGAUUUCUCAUCGUAUGAUCAAUGCUCUCAGUACUAUCGGGACACUACUAGCCUGGAGGAGAAUUCGAUUGAGCAGAAAGCCUCUGUCAUACAGAAUGCAUUGUCUGCUAGAGCGAAAGAAUUUAGGACUUGAAUCCAUGAUUGGUGACUGAAGAUUGGUUUUGACUGUAUUCAUUCUGUUCCUCACAUGGUACUAUUUCUGGUCAUUUUAACCUUAUGCUUUUCUGUAGAGAUGUUCUUUGUCCCCUCAUCCCAUUUGUUGAAGAAUACCUGAAGGCAACAUAAGGACAUUUUAUUCUUGGAACAUGGCUGUAACCCACUGUCCUUGUCAAUUAUUCUAAAACAAAAUUGAUCAUUUCACUCAUUAAAGGUUUUCAA